UUACCCCGCAGCGUUGGGUCGCCCACACAGACACUUGGCAAACUGGCGCCUCGCUCACUCCCGAGUCCUGAUCAUCCCUCCAUAGUGUCCGAUACGCACCAACAAGAUGAUGAGGGCACACCUUGAACAGAGGCAGCAGCGGCAGCACUUCGAACGUGGUGCUGCCGGCAUCAGCGGCUCCGCCUUCCCCCCGCUACAGAACCGGGCUGGCGAAAGCGAUAGCCCUUAUGUCCGCCGCCACGCCGAUACCCCCGUAGCAUGGCAGGUGCUCGAUGCAGAGACCCUCGCCAGGGCGACGGCCGAAAACAAGCCGAUCUUCAUGCACAUCGGCUUCCAAGCAGACCACUUCUGCCACCUGACAACCCAAGACUCCUUCUCCAACCCAUCCGUCGCUGCCCUUCUCAACAACUCCUUCAUUCCCAUUCUCGUCGACCGCGAGGAGCGCCCGGACCUCGAUACGAUCUACCAGAACUAUAGCGAGGCCGUCAACGCGACAGGCGGCUGGCCGCUCAACCUCUUCCUCACUCCGGAUCUGUAUCCCAUCUUUGGCGGCACCUAUUGGCCCGGCCCGGGAACCGAACACAGCAGCGCCGCGGCAUCGGCGGCAGGUGGUGGUGGUGGCGGCGGCGGCGGGGGCAGCGGGACGGGGGCCAUCUCCCGCGGCUCGGCGGGCGAGGAGUCGUACAGCGACUUCCUGGGCAUCGCCAAGAAGAUACACAAGUUCUGGGUGGAGCAAGAGGAGCGGUGCCGGCGAGAGGCAUUCGAGAUGCUGCACAAGCUACAGGACUUCGCGCAGGAGGGGACCUUUGGCGCCGGCGCCACGCUCCCGGUUUCUGCGACCCCCGUGGCGAGCGCCGGCGCGGGUCCGGCCCCGGUGAGCGUGGACCCCGGGGAUCUGGAUCUAGACCAGCUCGACGAGGCGCUCGCCAGGAUCACCAAGAUGUUUGACCCGGUAGACUACGGCUUCGGGACGCCCAAGUUCCCCAACCCGGCCCGGCUGUCCUUCCUGCUGCGCCUGGCCCAAUUUCCGGGGGAGGUACGUGAUGUCAUCGGGGACGAGGAGGUCGAGAACGCGGUCAGGAUGGCGCUGGGCACGCUGCGGCGCAUCCGGGACGGCGCGCUGCGCGACCACGUCGGCGCCGGCUUUAUGCGGUUCAGUGUCACGAGCAACUGGAGCAUGCCGCACUUUGAAAAGAUGGUCGGAGAGAACGCGCUGCUGUUGGGCGUUUUUCUCGACGCCUGGCUAGGGCUUCCACGGGACGCUGGCAAGGGGCCGGCGCUGGACGACGAGUUCGCCGACGUGGUCCUUGAACUCGCCGACUACCUCACGAGCCCUAUUGUGCGCGUGGCCGAAGGCGGCUUCGUGUCGAGCGAGGCGGCAGAUUCCUUCUACCGCAAAGGCGACCGGCAUAUGCGAGAAGGAGCGUUCUACACCUGGACGCGCAGGGAAUUCGACCAGGUGGUUGGUGGCGGAUCCAGCGACGACCACGCGAGCACAGUUGCUGCGGCGUACUGGGACGUGCAGGAGGACGGAAACGUGGCGCAAGAGCAGGACCCGUUCGACGAGUUCAUCAACCAGAAUAUCCUCUCGGUUAAGGCGAGUGCCGCCGAGCUGUCGAAGCAGCUCGGCAUCCCCCCAUCCGAGAUCAAACAUCUUGUCUCGGUUGCGCGCGAGAAGCUUCGUGCGCACCGGGAAAAGGAGCGUCCCCGUCCACCGAGGGACGAGAAGAUCGUCGUGAGCACCAACGGGAUGGUCAUCUCGGCGUUGUCGAGGACAGCGGCUGCUCUUCGGUCGCUUGAAGGCGAAAGAGCGGACAGGUAUCUCCAGGCCGCGAGAGAUGCGGCCGCCUUCAUCAAGGAGAACUUGUGGGAUGGAGCCAACAGCAAAGGUAACCCACUACAUCGGUUCUUCUGGGAGAGACCAAGUCAAGUGCUCGCUUUCGCAGAUGACUACGCCUUUCUGAUCGACGGUCUUCUUGAUCUCUACAACGCGACCCUGGAGCAGGAGUGGGUUGACUGGGCAAGACAACUGCAAGACGCCCAGACCAAUCUUUUUUACGACGCACCCCUAACAGGUCCCGUUUCCACCGACACCGCUCCCUCUCCGCGACACGCCCAUUCAGGCGGCUUCUACUCUACCGAGUCGGAGACCCUCAGCCCAACGAUCCUCCGCCUUAAGAGCGGUAUGGACAAGUCUCAGCCCUCGACCAACGCCGUGUCGGCGUCGAACCUGUUCCGGCUGGGCACGCUGCUGGGGGUGGAUGCCUACCUCAUACAGGCGCGGGAGACGGUCAACGCCUUCGAGGCCGAGAUCCUGCAGUACCCGUGGCUGUUUGUCAGCCUGCUGACCGGGGUCGUCACGGCGCGGCUGGGCGUGAAGAGGGUGGAGCUGAGGAAGGGGGACGAGGAGGGUCUGCAGAGGUGGUACACCACGCCAAGGGCCGAGGCCGCCGUCUUGAUCCUGGUCGGGGACGAGGAGUCCAAGGAGACCACUGCGAAGGGGCAAGGACAGAGCUGUUCGUCAGAAGCGGGGCUCGAGGAGAGGGUGAAAGGGUUGGCGAUUGGGGAUCGAUCGGGUCGUGAGGAGUGACCAAGACGGAACUGCAAAGUUCGUGCUACGUUGAUGAUAUCGGCGUUCUUGAGGUUUGCAUCAGACAUGGGAGGGAGGGCUG